AUGCUCCUGGCCUCGGCCGUGGUGGUGUGGGAAUGGCUGAACGAGCACGGCCGCUGGCGUCCCUACAGCCCAGCCGUGAGCCACCACAUCGAGGCGGUGGUGCGCGCUGGUCCCCGCGCCGGGGGCAGCGUGGUGCUGGGCCAGGUGGACAGCCGGCUCGCGCCCUACAUCAUCGACCUGCAGUCCAUGAACCAGUUCCGCCAAGACACCGGUACCCUCCGUCCAGUUCGCAGAAACUACUACGACCCAUCCUCAGCUCCUGGGAAGGGUGUGGUAUGGGAAUGGGAGAAUGACAAUGGUUCCUGGACACCUUAUGACAUGGAAGUCGGCAUCACCAUCCAGCAUGCCUAUGAGAAGCAGCACCCAUGGAUCGACCUCACAUCCAUUGGUUUCAGCUACAUAAUAGAUUUCAGCACCAUGGGCCAGAUCAACAGGCAGACCCAGCGCCAACGCCGCGUCCGACGACGACUAGACCUCAUCUACCCCAUGGUUACGGGCACUAUGCCAAAGGCUCAGUCCUGGCCAGUCAGUCCUGGACCGGCCACAUCCUCCCCUGCACCACCUUGCUCCUGUCCACAGUGUGUUUUGGUGAUGAGUGUCAAGGCUGCUGUGGUCCAUGGGAGCACUGGUCCCCUUCAGUCCCCAGCAGCACGAAAGAACAUGGCCCCCUCUGGAGUGGGCAAGCUGCCCCAGCCUCCUGGCCCUGGGGCAAAGCCACUAGAUACUAUUGGCACCAUCCGAGGCCCAGGGAAGACUGCCCCAUCACAGGUGAUCCAGAGACAAGUCUCUAAUACACCAGCUGUGGCUACUGUAGGCUCCCCCGCCAGCCCACAAGGAAGCAACAGGAAGACUGGAAGAGUGGCACUGGCCACUUUGAAUCGGUCCAAUCUGCAGCGACUGGCCAUUGCUCAGUCCCGGGUGCUGAUUGCCUCGGGGGUUCCCACUGUGCCUGUGAAAAAUUUGAAUGGGUCCAGCCCUGUUAAUCCUGCCUUGGCAGGAAUCACCGGGAUCCUCAUGAGUGCAGCGGGAUUGCCUGUGUGCCUCACUCGCCCUCCAAAGCUGGUCCUCCACCCGCCCCCUGUCAGCAAGAGUGAGAUAAAGUCCAUCCCAGGGGUCUCUAACACAAGCCGGAAAACCACCAAAAAACAGGCUAAGAAAGGUAAAACCCCAGAGGAAGUGCUAAAGAAAUAUCUGCAGAAGGUCCGGCACCCGCCAGAAGAGGAUUGUACUAUCUGUAUGGAGCGUCUCACAGCCCCCUCUGGCUACAAGGGCCCACAGCCUACAGUCAAGCCUGACCUGGUGGGAAAGCUGUCCAGAUGUGGCCACAUCUACCACAUCUACUGCCUGGUGGCCAUGUACAACAAUGGGAACAAGGAUGGGAGUUUACAGUGUCCAACAUGUAAGACCAUUUAUGGCGUCAAGACAGGCACCCAGCCUCCAGGGAAGAUGGAGUAUCACCUCAUCCCCCACUCCUUGCCUGGCCAUCCGGACUGCAAAACCAUCCGGAUUAUCUACAGUAUCCCCCCUGGCAUUCAGGGACCAGAACAUCCAAAUCCUGGGAAGAGCUUCAGUGCCCGUGGUUUCCCACGACAUUGUUACCUUCCAGACAGCGAGAAAGGGAGAAAAGUUCUGAAGUUGCUUCUGGUGGCCUGGGACCGCCGUCUCAUCUUUGCCAUUGGAACCUCCAGCACCACUGGCGAGUCCGACACUGUCAUCUGGAAUGAGGUGCACCACAAGACAGAAUUUGGCUCUAAUCUCACUGGCCAUGGCUACCCAGACGCCAAUUACCUGGAUAAUGUGCUGGCUGAACUGGCUGCCCAGGGUAUCUCUGAAGACAGCACUUCCCAUGAAAAGGACUGAGGCGGGAGGGUACUGGGGACCGCUGGACAGGAAAUGGAGAGAGUCAAGGUAGAGGUUGAUGCCAUGCCUCCUGACUCCCUCAUUUCCCUUCUUGUAUUAUCCCCACCUCUCAUCCCUCUCAGUCACAGAGGGAGCUGGAUUAAGGUGAUGUCAUUCAUAAACUUCAUCCAAUGCAAACAAGACGUGGGAUGAGGGCCAACGUCUUUCUGUCUCCAUGGAGUCUUCAGUACUGGGUAGGCAAGAACCUGCACCUAUCCCCAUCCCUUAGCAGGGGUUAUGGUCAGCACACUUAAUGUAUGGGAGUGUUGAGGCACUCCAUAUCCUGGCCUCUUGGAGCUGAGGUCCCUCUCCUCAUCUGGCUUCUUGCUGCUUUCACUCUGCUUUGAGAGUGGAGUUUCUGUUCUUUUUUUUUUUUUCCUCCACUAGAGUCAGGGAGCUCUCACUGUGCAAGAUUGGAGAGAGAGGUGUAGACUGACGUGACAUCAGAAAUUGGAUGCCUUGGUGCAGAGUAAGGAAGCAGUUUGUGUUAAGAGGGUCAGAGUCAAAUGCCUCUGGGAGUGUGUCCCUAGUGAGGAGUCUGGACCCUUCCUUCCUCCUCAUCCAUUGACCUGUGCAUAGGCAUCUGAUUCUCUCAAGUGGAUGGAAGGACUCAGGGAUCCCUCUCUGGGUUGGCGUGCCAUGAUACUGUUUCCAACUAAGCGCUCUCUGAUCCAGUCAUAGCCUGCAUAACUCACUGAGCAUCUGCAGUAUCCUCAGGGAGAGGAUCCCAUAGCCUUCUUCCCAGCUCAUUUCAAACCAGCUCAGUUUCAUCAAGUCACUGUGAGUUGGAGCCCACACCAGGCUCUUUGUCAUCUGUGUGUGUGUGUGUGUGUGUGUGUGUGUGUGUGUGUGUGCGUGUUUUAUUGGGAAAGUCCCAUGAUGUCUCUGAAUUCUGUUUCACAUACCAAAUCCCAAUUCUGUUGGGGAUCCAAUAGUAAAAGUAUGGCCCUUUGACUUUUCUCAGCCUUUGCCAGCCCAUCUCAUGAUAAACUUGGACCCUGUUGAACACAGAGUUGCACUUGGGAAGGUGUGUUGAUGCAAGAGCUAUAUGCAAGAGCUAGAUUGACCCUUCUCUUUCCUAUUAAUAUUAGAUCAGAGCCAGGCUCCACCCAGUCUUGUUUAUAUGAGAGCUCAGUUCAUCUUCCCGCAGAUUUGCUAGUUCAAGGCCAGAGAUAUUACUGUUCCCCAUCCCAACCCCCUUCUCCAGCCUCCAUCUAGUAUAGAUUGGCCAAAGCCAUGGUGGCAGGAGCCUCUUUAGUUCAUUCCUAACACAGGAACACAUCCUGGUCUCCUCUAAACGGCAUCUGGGUGGUAUCCCAAGGCAAUCUAUCCCCAGAAUCUCCUCAACUUUUGUCCCAUUAAAGAAUGAAUUAGGUGUCAGGUAAGAAAGAAUGGAGAAUCAAGAAGGGAAACCAAUUUCCCCUUUGGACAUGGGUUCUUUUAACUCUGUGUUUGUUCCUCUGGAUACUAAUUUAAACUUAUAUACCUCAUGUCUUGAGGGUUUGAAAUAUAUAUAUAUAUAUGUUCAAUGGCUUCCAUCAUUGUUGACAUUAUUGCUGUGUCCAGUACAAUCACCCAAGUGUCCCUAACCCAGUUCCCUGGUGCUGAGUUUUCUUUCACUCUACAAAUGGCUAAUGAAACUUUAAUCGCCUCCCACUAGGGGGAGCUAUGGUAGGAGGGAAUGUUCGACCUUCUUAGUCCAACCCGUCCUAUCAAUUUGGGGGGUGGGGGCAAUUUUGUCUCACAAGCCGAGCAGAAGAUUGCUGAGUUCACUGCACCUCGGGGAAAAUUCAUGCCAAAGUAGAGAAAGAGACAUCAGAACUAAGUGGAAGGCACAUAUCCACAGGAGUUAAAGUCACACCCUUUUAAUAGAUUAACACAUUUCAGAGAUACUCAGACCCUCAAUGAGGGCUUACAAUCAUUUUUGCCUUUAGUACUCUGUUACCUACCUUCCCUGCUUCUUGGCAAGAAGGAUGAGAAAUUAGACUGGGAGUCCAUGGAUAGGAAAGUGAAGCAGAGUGAAGAAGAAAUGAAAGCAGGCUCUGAGAUGCAUGAAUGGCCAGUGGGAAUGUUUUCAUGCAGCAGAGGAGGUAGAUGCAGGACAAGUGAAAGGAAGAGCCCAGAAGGACAUCUCAGGGAGUGAUUGUUCUAGAAGAAAAACCAUUUUGAGGGUUAGUCUUCAUGCCUUCAAGAAUUUCCCCAGAGGACUUUAAAGUGCCCCGUGCCUCGUUUCCUUCUUCCCUGAGGAUGCUCUGAGAGGCUACCUCACCCUCAAGUUACACUCUUUCAACUUUGUGGGCUGAUGGAACCUCGGCAGUCUCAACAGUAUGUCAGUCAAAGCAUUGGCUGAUACCUUACUCUUUCUCUUGUGCCAGCCCAAAAAUAUACAGAAUUGGUUUCAAUAAAAUUAGGCCCUGGGCACGAGCUACUUUGCUCCAGAGUAUUUCCCCAAGAGAAGCCCUGGUGUGCUCUACUGGGCCACACAGGGCCUCCAGGCCUUUUCUUUUACAGUCUCAGCACCAGCAGCCAUGUUUUCCCUUCAUGAGACUCCAGGGGUGACAAAUGGGAUUGGAGACUCACCUUGUGAGAUGCUUAUCCCUUGAAAAGCUAUGUGGUAUAUCUGUGGUUGUCUGUGCCUUUGUGCUUCCAUUCCCCUCUCCUUUUUGUAAGAUUCAAACUUCCAUGUGAUUUUAUACUUGGGUCAAAAGUACUUGUCCUGGUAUCACACUGUUGUGUGCAUGAGAGGAUUGGGAGAAGGCUGCUGUGGCCCAAGAAAUAACCAUUGCCCCCCCCCCUGCUUGUUGGUGGUCACUUAUAUCUCAGUGGAGUUUUCUGGGAGAGGGCUGGUGAAUGUCCAGAUGUCAGGUGUUCUGUUUGUAACUGCUGUGAUUUGAAGUUGUUGAUGUUGUUCUGUGGGAGGACAUUGCCCCCUGGUGCUCAUGAGGUGUAUAUGCAGAACAAUAAACUGCAAAUGAACAAG